AUGGCCGUGGCAGGACAACGCAUGUGGACCACGGUAUCUCAGCCGACCCUAUGUAACAAAGAUCCAUCAAGGGAGGAAGGGCAAAUCAACGACAUCGGAGAUGUCCAGACUUCCAAAGAGACCCGCCGACCCACCCAUAUGCGGCAGCCGGAGAUGCGGGGAGGCAAUGACGCCGUGCAGGUAACGCGAGGAGUCCAGAUGCGGGAGAACACGACGCCAACCGAAUCGGAUUGA